AUGGGAAUGGAACAUUGGCAGAAUGAAAUGUCCAUUCAGCAAAGCUUUAUAAAUAGUGCUCCUUUGAUGGAGAACUUACCCGAUCCUUUGUAUUCAUCACUGGAUAUUGUUUCAACCCCACGGGUGAAUCAAGGGGAUAUGAUGUUUUGCGAUUAUGGAAACGGGUUUGGCUCAUGGAGUGAGUUGGGUCCUUUAUUUGAGCCCGAGAGACAGCAGGUAACAAUGCCGUGUAACAAUGGAGGAACAUUUUCAGAAACGAAAAAUGAAAAUAAGGAAAUUAGAAGGUCCAAAGAAGAAAAGAUUGGAAGUACUGAAAGUCCAAAAACUUUGUCUAGAAAAACUAUUUCAAAGUACUUCUACAUGCCAAUAACGAGAGCCGCUAAAGAACUCAACGUCGGGUUGACACUGUUGAAGAAAAGAUGUAGGGAAUUGGGAAUCAGAAGGUGGCCGCAUCGGAAACUUAUGUCGCUUCAAACCCUAAUCAAUAAUGUUCAGGAGUUGGAGGAGGAGGGAGAGGGGACUGAAGGGAAAUUGAAAGAAGCAAUAAAGGUGUUAGAGAGAGAAAAGAAAAUGAUGGAGGAGUUGCCAGACCUACAAAUGGAGGAAAAAACAAAGAGGUUAAGGCAAGCGUGUUUCAAGGCGAACUACAAGAAGAGGAAGCUGAUGGGAAUGGGGAUGAUGGAUUCAAUGCAGGGUUCUUCUAGUGGCAAUAGUCGUGCAGUUCUAGAAGGGAGUUUUGCGUAUGAGAUUGAUGAUGAAGAAGAUGAGGUGCUUAGAGCUCUCUUUUCCGACUCUUCUUCCAACAAUACUAUUUCCUGA